AAGGAGCACGUGAAAGCAGCAGUCAUUCUGAACAGUUGCUAGAGAUGCUUGCAGCCGCAGCUCUCUUCAGUGCGCGGCCGCAGCGGAACAGUAGAGAAAACAAUGUGCAGGAAGAGGACCACUGAAUCCCUCCAGACAGAGUGACUGAUCAUGGCCAGUCGGUGUCGAGACGGUGCUCGCAGCCGUUCAGGAGAGCACGUCGGUGGCCUAAAAACGGCGCGAACACCCCAACAAGAAGAAUCGUCUGGAGAGAUCGGGGACGCGGCGGAAUCGCUGCGGGAGCUGCCACGAUGGAUGCGGCUUUACUUCUACGGGAUGCAUGGUGUGACACUGGAUGUCCUGUUGUCAUCGUUACAGGGGGUUUUCAAUCAUCGGGACCCUAAACUGGUGGGGUUUUCAUCUCCAUAUCUUUGUAUCAUGCAUUCGCUAACCCACUUUGCGCUUGAGAAGAUCUACUCACAGAAGAGGUGUUUCCGAGGUCGGCCUGUGGUGUUUCAUCUUGUUUUCUAUCCGUCUGUCUACAUCGGGCUGCAGAUCCUGAUCGGGAACAUCAACACUUUGACCGAGCAGGUGAGGGUAGUAUCAGGGACGCAGCUGGCUGUGCACUACAUCCUGGCUAUCUACUUCGCCCAGGUGUUUCACCGAGGGCUGUCAAGGCUGCAGUAUCACCCAUGCUGCCCCAUUGACCUCCUACGUAAACCCGGCCCGGAGGACAGCGGUCAGGACCGGACAGGUCCUCAGGGUCUCCCCGGCUUUGUGCGGUUCUUGUUCUUCGGGAUGCACGGCUUUCUGGACGAGGUGCUUUUCACCUCUAUGUUCAACCUGGUUGAGAAGUCGGACCGGACCCUCAGUGGCCACACGUCCCUGUGGUCUUUCCUGAUGUACGGUAGCUGCAGCUUCGUGGUGGAAAAGCUCUACCUUCACCUGCAUUUCAGCAGAGGUUGGGGGACGUGGCAGCGCCUCCCGCUCUACAUCUGCUUCAUCUACGCCUGGGAGUUCUCCUGGGGUCUGGUCCUAAGGCAGUUUGACGCCUGCUCAUGGGACUAUUCCCACUAUCCUCACAACUUCAUGGGACUCAUCACCCUCCUCUACCUGCCUGGCUGGGUCUGUCUCAGUCUGUAUCAGGACAUGCUGUCUAAUGUCCUGCUGAGGAUCAAGUGGAACAAAGAUGCAGAUGUGAGUGGGGAGAAUGGAGAGGUCAAUGGACAGCUGGAGUCAAAGAAAAAACUACUUUAAUGUUUCUUUUUGAGGUUUUGGGCAAAGUCUCACCCACAUGUUACUAAUGAUAAACAAGGAGGCAUUAUUCAUUCCUAAAAAGAAAGAACAGGGCGUACAGGCCUGGGCAGUAUUUAUUACCCAAACUGAUUUAGUGAGAAGAGAAAGUUUGUGUUUGUCAACAGAUUCAGUUUGAAAAGGUUUACAAGGUUAAAUGGUCAUGUAGGACCAGGUUGGGCAGUCAACUCAAACCAUGGUUUGCAUUUGCCCACAUAUCAAAGUAGGCUAUCUAAGAUAAUUACUUUGGUUCAGACAGGAGAUGUUACCAUGACAACAAAUGUUGAGAUGAGUUGAGAUUUUGUGCAGUUAAUACUUGCAGAAAGUUGAGAUUCAGUUCACUCUGGAAUCUGGACACUUGUCACCAGUAUGCAGAUGAGACAUUUUUCUGUUGUCACUUCUGCAAUGCCUGAUAUUUCUGGGUCCAUAAAUGGAGAUAAAACACAAUGUAGGACAUGGUUUGUUUGCCUAACCUGUUUGAAUUCAGUUAACCUACUGCCAUUUUUAUCUCUGUUGUAGGAUGCAGUUGUAAUAUUAACCAGUUUUACAAGUCUUCAUCACUUUGGACGUCUGAAUAUUCCAUUUUUUUUUUUUUUAGACACUGCAGUGACAGACCUGCCUUCUCAUACACUACAUGAUUGUGACAGGUUUAGUUUGGGUCAGAGCGAUUAUGUCACUUACAUAUUCAUUGGCAUGCUUUAACUGUAGCCCAUAUCUGCAUGCUAAACAAAAAGGUAGAUAUAAAAAUUAAAAAAGAAAAAAAAAAAAAAACUACUGGAAGGUUUUGUUUCAGGUUUAUGAUUUAGGGUUUCUUCCCCAAAACACAUAUAUCCACCUAAAAUUCAAACAUCAGUAUUUUCAAAACAAGGAAAAUGUAAGUUAAGAGGACAGUAUCCACUUGCUCCAUAUUCCUUCAUGCAAAUAGUCAGUUUUUAAAUGUUGAUCUCAUUUUAUUUUUUAAAUUGUUAAUGUUACAUUUUGGAACAUACUCCCAAUUGUCACCCAGCUUGUUCAUAUGAUCCCAGAGUAACGCAUGACAAUUAUUAGAGUAGCGGUAAACCCAGUAAUAUAUGUAGCAAGGGAAAAGCUGUAGCUGAAUGGGUACGAGGAGCCGAGGGAGAUUUUACUGUGAAUCUUUCAUGAACCAAACGUUACUUUGCUGUAGUGCCUUCAGCCUCAGCUGUUAUCACAGAAACAAAGCUACCCACAGGUCUCUUUUCAGCUGAAAGUGCUACAGUUGUGGGUGGGGGCCACAGUUCUGCUGUCAAUGUACUGUAUGAAACAUCUGAAACCCAUCUGAACAUUUGGAGCACAGCUCUCCUGAUAAACAUAAUUUCUACCAUCAGCACCAAUGACAGGUUCUCAGUCAGUGAGGCUGAGUCCCUUACACUAUCAGUAAUUAUACUACUUCCGCAGCAAAAUUAUGGGUAUUUUUUCUUGUCUCCAGUGAAAAGAGCAUUAAAUAACCAAUAUCAAUACAAAUUAAAAAAAGAGAAAUACAAUAUUAUGAAAAAGUCGAUUAAUUUACAGAUUACUAUGUCCUUUGAAAACUUACUUAAAACUCCCAAGCUUAGUCGUGUCAAAUUAUUUCUAAAAGCACUUACUGAGCAAGUUUAUCUCUAACUGAUGGACGUUUCAGUCAAGCAGCCAUUUAAUUUAAACCCACUGAUCAAACUUGAAGUAAAUAUUGUACAGACUUACAGGUUCAGAGGGAACAGUUUCUAGUAAAAAGUUUUUUUAAACUCCAGUGGUUUGGCUUUAUAGUGGUCUUAUGCCUUCUGAGCAAACCAAUCUAAGUACCUUGCACUGUGACUAAACAAAUGGUGGUAUAUCUUAGCAAACUUGUAAACUUUAUACAGGUCACAUUGUAAGGUGAAUAGACUGUCUUUUGGAGUUGGUUUCUGAAAUCAAACUCUGAGUGAGCUGAUGAAUUUACCAGCAGCUGUAGCUGUUUUAGUCCCACAGUGGUAUUUUAAGUCAGUGCUGGAAUCAAUCCUGUCAUUUAUGAAGCUGCCCUUUAAUCAUUUCUAUAAAAUUAGGAAACAGUUUCUUCUAAAUACAACUCUAAAUUCUGAUCAUUUUUUGUAUGCCCUCAUAGACCAAGGAGUGACAGUGAAAAUUGUUGUACAUCAUUGAAAUUUAUUAGAAUCAUUCUCGUUGGAUUCUUAAAAUAUUUUUUUCUUAUUCAUUAGGGAUUUCUAUCAAGGAAUCAAACUGAAUUUUGUCUAUGCAUAUUUAGAAAGAUAUCUGGCACAAAUAUUAUAUCUGAGAGGUGUCAGAACAUAUUUCAAAUCAUGUCUAAAUCACAAGUGGUGACUUGUUUUUUGUUCUACUUGGCAGCUAUAUUAAGGUUCUUUAACACUGUCAUUUUCUGAAUCACAGCCACAUGAGUGUGUGACUUUUUACAUCUUUAAGAUUUUCCAUGGCUGAAUAACUGUAAUUUAAUCACACUUUACUUUUGUGUUGUGUUAGUCACUGAUUUUAAAAAAGAGACCAAACUGCUUUCAGAAAAGGGUGUGAAAGGUUGAAAUAAAAUGCAGAUUAAAGUAAAAAAUGAUGACCGACUUGCAAUGGCAUGUACUGUACAACUUACAAUUUUAAUUAAAUCUAAAAAUUUCUUGUGA